AUGUUUCCAAAAAAUCGAUAUAAGAAAAAUUAUAAAGCAGUUUUAGUUUUUUGGUCGUGGAUGUUGUCUAAUGCUGCUGCUGCAGAUGAUGUUGAUGAUGAUGACGACGAUGACGGUGACGACUACGACAAUAAGAAAGUGAUGGAUAUAGAACCUGAAAAAGAAGUACAACUGAUGGCAUCAACUGAGCAGCAGGCAAUUUAUUCGUUAUUUGUUACGUUGUUCCAUUAUGAAUUGUAA